AUGCUACAGCUCGCUGCAGCACAAAGGAUGAACACAGAUGCAAGGAAAGCGAUAUUUUGUGUGAUAAUGAGUGGAGAGGACUAUGCCGAUGCUUUCGAGAAACUUCUGAGAUUAGACUUGCCCGGGAAGCUGGAUCGAGAGAUCAUGCGAGUUCUUGUGGAGUGCUGUUUACAGGAGAAAGUAUUUAACAAGUACUAUUGUAUUCUUGCUUCCAAACUAUGCAACCAUGACAAAAACUUCAAGUUCACUUUACAGUUUUGUGUGUGGGACCAUUUCAAAGAACUGGAGGCAAUGCAGCUGCAAAGAUCAAUGCAUCUAUCAAAAUUUGUUGCAGAAAUGAUUGCAUCUUUCAGCCUUUCCCUAGCAGUCUUAAAAGUUGUUGAACUAAACAACCCCAUACACUUGACUCCAAAGAGGAUUAUGCAUUUCCGAAUGCUAUUUGAAGCAAUCUUGGAGUUUCCAGAUAAGCUUGUGUGGAACAUUUUUACACGUAUUGCUGUCACCCCCGAGUAUGAAUCCCUUAGAAUUGGAAUCAAUUUUUUCAUCAGCAAGCAUGUGUUGAGUCUCAGCAAGUCCCUAGUUAAUAAAUACAAGCUGGCAAAGAAGGCCCUUAACAAUGUUGAAGGUGUUCUCAUGUGA